AAGACGUCUCUGAUCACCCGCUUCAUGUAUGACAGCUUCGAUAACACCUACCAGGCCACCAUUGGUAUCGAUUUCCUUUCCAAGACUAUGUACCUGGAGGAUCGCACGGUGCGGCUGCAGCUCUGGGACACCGCCGGACAGGAGCGCUUUCGCAGCUUGAUCCCCAGCUAUAUACGCGAUUCCACCAUAGCAGUGGUGGUGUAUGACAUCACAAAUCUGAAUUCCUUCCAGCAGACAUCCAAAUGGAUAGAUGACGUGCGGACAGAGAGGGGAAGUGAUGUCAUCAUUAUGCUUGUGGGGAAUAAGACGGAUCUGGCAGAUAAGAGACAAAUCACCACCGAGGAGGGAGAGCAGAGGGCCAAGGAGCUCAGCGUGAUGUUCAUUGAAACUAGUGCCAAGACCGGGUACAAUGUCAAUUAUCUCUUCCGUCGCGUCGCCGCUGCUUUACCCGGCAUGGACAGCACGCCAGAGAAGAGUAAAGAGGACAUGAUUGACAUCAAGUUGGAGAAGCCCCCCGAGCAGCCGGUGACGGAAAGCGGCUGCUCCUGCUAACACCUCCGGAUAUUCCAACGGUCUGCACCGGAGAUCCCGCUGCCGUCCAAAUGCAUC